AUGACGGUACGUCGUCCGGUUUCCACAACAAACCUAUUGCUUGCUCUGCUCGUCGCGGUGGUCACUUGCACCACCGUCUCGUCGACCGCAAAAGGUUUCAACGAGCAACAAAAAGGCUCGGAUGUCAUCGACGACAACCAUUCGGAGACCAAGAUCUCCAUGGAAACGGACGUCGAAAUCAAGCAUGAACCGGCUACCUUCGACAUGCUCAAGCCCAACAUACGCACUGAUCCGAAAAACGAUGACCCGAACGAUCCAGCCGUGACUGACGACGACUCUGCUGAGGCUUCUGAUGAUGUAGACACGGCACAAGAAUCUCCUGAACAGUCAAGUGCCGACACUUCGUCUACUGGAAACUCGACCGAUGGACAUGCCACUUUUGGUGAUGUCACAUCUGGUAAUAACAAGUGCGUCAUUGGCAAACCGAACGAGUACAUCACCCCGAACGAUCUUGAAUGGGUGUGGACCCAUCGAAUGGCCAAGGGCGUGCCCGAUUUCAAGAACUAUAUCACCGACCAGCUCGUGAGUAACAAGGGAAAGCUCAGCUACUGUGUGCGCUGGGACAGCACCGAAAAGCUGUCGAAGAAGGUGGCAAUGAAGUUCGAGGCGAUGCUCAACCGCCAGUACAAAGCCUGGAAUCAUUGGCUCAAGGCAUACGGUUGCUGGCCGUUUGAGGAGAUUGAAGUCACGAUUGUCGGAUGGGCGACGCGCGAUGCCUCGCUUUUCGACUGGUCUGACGACUCGCUCGGUCAGAUUUACACGACUGAAAAGGACGAGGACGGUGUUCCGCGGUGCCCGGAGAAUUGCUUCAAGCAUUUGGACUGUGCAGCCGCCUCCGACACGAGCAAGUGCGAGGGCGUGCCUUUCGACCAGUCACUGUGGCCUACGCUGGGCCAGGGCGGUGGUGCCGGUGGUGACUGGGGACAGCGUGUGGAUGCGAAAAACAUGCUGGACUCCCUGGACUUGGAGGAGCUGACGAUCAUAUCGCACGAAGUGGGACACGGGUUUGGUCUCCCGGAUUUCUACAAGCCCGAGGAACAGCCGAAUGAAGACUUUCCGGUCUGCCUGAUGAAAGCAGGUUCGGCGCACAUGGUCACUCCCGCUGAUGGAUGGUUGUUGCGUCGCAUUUACGAGGAGCUCAUGCCUCGUUACAACUUUACAUGA